ACACACACACACAAAGGCCCCUGUGUUAAAAUGCAAAUAGAUUUUCAUGAUGCCACUGCAAUGGACAGGGAGGGCCUGUAGCGUUCAAAGUGACUUGCUUUUUCUGCUUUACACAGACAGGCAAGGCAGGCAGGCAGGCAGGCAGGCAACCAGAUAACAACAUCAACAGCAGCACAGAGCAGAGCGGCAGCCAGCAUUAAACUUCUUAUCCCUGCUUGCUUGACUAAAUUGCAACCCCUGACAGUGAGUUCAAAUAGAGAAUGGAUCAUCAUCUCGUGAGACAUUUUAUGCCAUAGAUAACGUUAAUAAAAAAACUGUUGGAUUGCUUCAUAGUGCCUGUAAAUAUCUGGUGAAAUAUGUCUUCAACGGACCAGCGAAUUUGUCAAGAACUCCUUCAGAUGAAGGGACAUGGAGCAGUCUCAUUGGUUUACUGGAAGCUACAGCAGGAGCAGCCAAGAGCAGACAGGAGUAGCCAGGAGCAGUCAGGAGCAGCCAGGAGCAGUCAGGAGCAGCCAAGAGCAGACAGGAGUAGCCAGGAGCAGCCCGGAGCAGUCAGGAGCAUUCAGGAGCCGCCAGGAGCAGCCCGGAGCAGUCAGGAGCAGCCCGGAGCAGCCUGGAGCAGCCAGGAACAGUCAGGAGCAGUCAGGAGCAGCCAGAAGCAGUCAGGAGCAGCCCGGAGCAGUCAGGAGCAGCCAGGAGCAGACCGGAGCAGUAAGGAGCCGUCAGGAGCCGUCAGCAGCAGCCAGGAGCAGUCAGGAGCAGUCAGGAGCAGCCAGGAGCAGUCAGGAGCAGUCAGGAGCAGCCAGGAGCAGUCUGGAGCAGCUAGGAGCAGUCAGGAGCAGCCAGGAGCAACCAGGAGCAGCCAGGAGCAGCCAGGAGCAACCAGGAGCAGUCAGGAGCAGCCAGGAGCAGCCAGGAGCAGCCAGGAGCAGUCAGGAGCAGCCAGGAGCAGCCAGGAGCAACCAGGAGCAGUCAGGAGCAGCCCAGAGCAGCCAGGAGCAGCCAGGAGCAACCAGGAGCAGCCAGGAGCAACCAGGAGCAGUCAGGAGCAGCCAGGAGCAACCGGGAGCAGCCCAGAGCAGCCAGGAGCAACCAGGAGCAGUCAGGAGCAACCAGGAGCAGCCAGGAGCAGCCACCUACCAUGCAGGAAGAAGAAGAGAGAGUUUAGUCUGCAAGAUUAGCAUUACACCACAGUACAGUCUGUACCUUCACAAUGAUUAGCAUUACACAACAUCAGCCUGAGAAGAUUGCCCCCUAUAGAGAGCCAAAUAUAAUAGAUGUGUGAGUCUAACACUUUAGGAGUCCACUGGGUACAGAACAAAGAUGACCCUGAACAAAGUGUGAACACGACAUAGAAGAGGUUUUCAAGAGGAAUGAAGUUAGAAAUACAAUUCUAAUGAAUACUAUCCACAGAGCAUUUCAAACAUGUCUUUAAGCAUGUGUCCAUUUGAUGCACAAGCUGAUUUCUAUUUGGGGGAUGCCAGGUACCCUUAUGCCAGAUACCCACUACUUCUGAAACCCAGAUAUUGUACAGACAGUCUCCUAGUGCCUUUCCUGAUGUGUUGACGUUUCAGUGGAGCCCAGAUCCUUAAUUAUCUCCACUCAAGGCCUUGAUUAAAGUCAGCUUGCCUCUGCCAAGUAGCUGAAAUGAAAACACUCUGCUUUGUGUCUAAGGUUAUUCUUUACUGACUGACCGGUUGGCAGGCAGUCUUGCAACAAAACGCAAUACAAACGAUUGCUUCACGAGUCCAGAGCAAUCUGACUGAACUGCCACCACACACUGUUGCGAAGCCGUACUGCUAGUAGGCUCAUUUCCUUUCGCAGGGAGACAGCUCCUUUACUAUCCCUGGGAGACAGCUACUUUCCUCUCCGCCACACAGCC